CACCAGUCUUGCAAAGACUUUCCGUGAUUCCACACCCGCCUCGAAAGCCCCCUCUUACCACAGGAAGUGCGCUGACCAUUAGAGGGAUAAAAGAGGCUCGAGAGCAGCAUUCUUCAUUCUCUGCCUGCACAGCUCACAGGACCUCAGCCAUGCGACCUCUCCUCCUGGCCUUGCUCGGGAUCUGCUGUCUCACGGCGCAGGUUGUGGAAGGUGUGGGGAGUGAAGUCCUGGAAAAGAGCAUAUGUGUGAGUCUAACGACCCGGCGACUGCCAGUUAAAAACAUCAAGACCUACACCAUCAAGGAGGGCUCCAUGAGAGCAAUCAUAUUUAUUACCAAACGGGGCCUUAAAGUCUGUGCUGACCCACAAGUUGAGUGGGUGAAAAAAGCAGUCGAAAGUGUGGACAAGACCACCAGAAGAAGAGUGAUCCAGACCCAGCCUACAGGACCCCAACAAACCACCAAGACAGCUACGACCCUGACGACAUAGUGGACUUCCAGCACCUUGUCCCCCUCACUAGCCAGCUAGCUCAUUUCCCUUUACAAACUCAUGGACUAAUUAGAUUAUAUUUACCUUUUACGAAAGCGCUGCAUGAGUCAAAUUAUUUUCUUAUGUUUUUAUUUUUCAUGUCUUUCAUAUUCAUUUAGAUGUUCUAAUUAAUAAAUAUUUAUUAUUAAGAAUAGUCCAAAAGACUAUUCACUAUGUUUUGGGAAAAGUAAUAUAUCAUUUAUGUUCUAUUUUUGUUCUAACUAUACCUCCCUUUGAUGGUAUCCAUGAUGGGAGAGAUUUUGGCCAGUGUUUAUCAGAGAGGAAAGCUAUAUUCAUCAUUCUUAGGUUCCAGCUUGAAGUGGUUCUCUACACAUGAGUCACAAGUGACAACUGUGGCAAUGGCAACAAUUCAAGAUUUCUUUCAACCUGUCUUUAUAAUGGAGCUCUGUUUAUGGAAUAAGGGAGAAAAUAAUCCAACUGUCACUGGGUUCCCAUUCUGAGGGUCGGCUACUCAAAGAGUGAUUUCACUCAAGUUUGAUCUCUAGGAAAUUCUCUCACCUCUCUGUGUUUCAUUUGAUCUCCUGUGAAAGGGAAAAAAGACAGGGCUUGCCAGUUCUUUCAUUUGUCAAGGUAGCAAAGGUUAGACUUCUGGGGAAAAGAUACUUUAUGCAAAUAAAAGUCAAUGCUCUUUGAAUUGGACAAUGAUCUCACUGCCUUUCUGUGAUUUCUGUAAUUGUCACUACUCCUGUUAUCAUACGAGUCAUGCUUCUUUGCCAGUAAGCUUUUAAUACCCCAAACACUGUCACCUGGAACAUUUCUUGAAUGUGAUCAUAAUUUGCAGUCAAGUUUUAAUAAAAUGUUCAUCUGGUCACUCUA